AAGGUCUCCGGUGGAAAAUUCCUACUACCUCUGCUUGGUGUUCUGGGCAGACCAUUUCCUGACCGUUGGAUUAGCAAGAUCUAACUGAUGGGAUCAGGGGUCCACACCUCACCCGUGGUUUUCCGGCUCGGCGGCUGCUGACCUGCUGUUCGUCCGGCGAUCACCCUUUCGUACCCUUCCGAUCCGAUCUGACUUCAAAAGAGGGGAGGCGCGGCGCCACCGGCUCCAGCUCCGGCCGCUUCGUCGGCGGGCGUAGGCUGCGGAGGAGAUGGCGCACGAGUGGCGCAGAGCGGCGGCGUCCGCUUCCGCGGCCGCACUCGAUGCUGCAGAGGACGCACUAUUUGUGGACAUAGCACAUGAAGCCCCUCUAUCUUGUCAGCGGCAGUCUCAAAGCAUAGUUGGUGGAACUCUGUACUGUAUCUUAUUGGCUGGUUAUGCUGGUGUUGCCAUAGCAGCUCCAUGGAUAUUUGUCCUUAUACCAGAGAUGACUCUUCCAUUGCUAUGCAGCUGCAAUGUUCUUCUUCUAAUUGUUACAGGUAUAUUCCAACAAUAUUGGGUCCAUCAGGUCACAAAAGUGCGGCUACAGGGCUACUAUGAGUUGAGUCAAAAACUGAAGCACAUUGCUCGACUUCCAUUUGUCACCAUUUCUUGUGGUGCUUCCCUGAUGCUCUUAAUUUUAGUUUGGCAGCCUCAUGUAGAAAUAUUAUCUAUCUCAGUUUUGCUCAGGAUUGCUCUGGUCAUUGAAGUAAUAUGCGCUGAAUGUUUCAUGAGCUUAUACAUAGGGUACAUCCAUAAAUUCAACUCUUUGAAUGAGCAGCCUGACAUUCUAAAGCCAUUUUAUUCUGCAUUGCGACCAUCUAGUUCAUUGGAAGGGCUAAGGUACUAUGAUUCUCGCCUUUCUGACCAACAAAUGGCAUUGCUCCAGUACCAGAGGGAGAAUAUUCACUAUCUGAGUGAAGAGGUGCUUAGGUUGCAAGAAUGCUCAAGGAAGUACCAUACAAGUGUUGCUUCUUGCACUCCUCAGGUUGAUCUUGCUCAUCUUCUAGCAUCUCGUGAUCAAGAACUUCGAGCACUAUCUGCUGAGAUGAAUCAAGUACACUUGGAGCUUCGUCUCGCUCGUGGUUUGAUUGCUGAAAAGGACUCCGAUAUCCAGCAUAUCCGUGUGAACAACAACCAAUAUAUCGAAGAAAAUGAGAGAUUAAGAGCUAUUCUUGGUGAAUGGAGUGCUCGAGCAGCAAUGGGUUUCUACUACAUGUGUGUAUCUAACAGCUUGAGCGAGCACUUGAGGCCGAGAGAGUAUCGAACAUGGAAUUGCGGAAGAACUAUGAAAAACUUAGAGGCCAAUCAACCAAGGAGAAAAUACGUGAUAUUCCGCAACCAGAGAAUUCCUCCAUAGAUGUGUUUUAGGCGGACACUGCCAUGAUGUCUGAAGAUUUGAACAUCCUAAAUCAGAGUUUCGUUAGCAGUUGUACAUUGAUGAACAGUUUUACAUCGAUGCAAAAGAAAAAUAUAAAAACUACAGUUGUUCCUGUAUACAAGUUUGGUGCGUUUAGUUAAGCAAAAGGAAGAACUUUAUCAAAAAAGAAGAAAAGGAAACAGAAAUGUUGCUGGUUUGUAUGGAGGCACAUGUAAAUAUGGAAUGCAAAAAUUUGAAGUAGGAAGGUGCAGUUUCUUCGUGUACUCAGAAGCCAGAAUAUUUCUUGUUAUAUUUGAACUCCUCCUUCAUAUGUACAUUGUCUAUGUAUCUACAAUUGAGUCGAUCGGCAAUACUGUG